AUGGUGGGAGGUGGGAUUAGAAGGGACGAGGGAUCCUUUACUGUGAGCAGCACCAAUGUCUUUGCAGCUCUUGAUAGUCUGAGGAAGAAGAAGAAGUCUGACAAAGAGAAGGGCUCGUCUAAGGGCGGUAAGGGCACGUCGAAAGGGUCAAAUGGAGAAAGUGAAAGUGAAGAUGAUCUUCUCGAUGAAGGGGAUGAUGAUGUGGAAGAGGAACAUGACCUUGAACCAGAUGUUGAUGAACAGCCUCAGCCAGUAUUACAAAAGACUUUUCCCGCACCUAAGGAGACUGAGAGGCAGCUUUCGAAGAAGGAGAGGAAGAAGAAGGAGCUGGCUGAGCUGGAGGCUAUCUUAGCUGAUUUUGGAGUUAACCCAAAAGAGAAAGCUGGAGAUGAAAGAUCUGAUACUAAUGACAAGAAAGAGGGACAAACGAAUGGCGAUGCCGAAAAGGACAAUAAUGCCCCUGGCGAAUCGAAAAGCGCCAAGAAGAAGAAGAAGAAGGACAAAUCAUCUAAAGAGACAAAGGAACCUCAAAACCAGACCAAUACCUCAAACGCCCCUGGAGCCGAAAAUGCUGACGAGGAUUCAUCAGCUGUUGACGUGAAAGAGAAGCUCAAGAAAAUGGCAUCCGUUAAGAAGAAGAAAUCGAGUAAAGAAGUGGAUGCCGCCGCUAGAGCUGCUGCUGUGGAGGCUGCCGCCAGGAGCGCCAGGCUGGCAGCCGCCAAGAAGAAGGAGAAGAAUCAUUACAAUCAGCAGCCGAUGAGGUAA